UGAACGCGGGAGGAUGAGAAGAAGCAGACUUGUUUAUGUUGCUAGCUUUGUUUUGAGCGGUCGAACAACAACAAUGACGGUGUAACUAUAAACAAAAAUACAGUACAGAGUAAAUAUUAUCUCAGCUAAGUUUCCUAACAACUUCUGCUGGUGUAAACUGUUACUUAGAGUCAGUUUUGAAGCUUUCUCGAGGAGCAUAGUUGAUGGUUAGCUAUCUAGUUUGCUGAUUCAGUGGUGACGUUAUGGCUAAAGUUACAAGAAAAGCGAAGGAAAAUGAUGUCAGCCUUCCUUUCGCUGCCCUUCAGCUCCUGGCCCCGCCUUUGCGCCUGCUCUCUGCAGCCCUCUGGAAAGUGAUGAAGCAGAGGGAUGUGAUGCAGUAUGGGGUCGUGGAGGAAGUUGUGACAUCAGCCUGUGAGACUGUCCCCGGGCUGCUCACCGUGAGACACCAGGGCAAGCUGGCACUCGGGCUGAGAGGACGGUUCAUCUUGGAGCUGUGCUGCACACAGCCGGAUGAAACGGUGAUUAUGCCACACCUGCAAAGGAUCCGUGCUCCUGCUGCAAUGUCAGCCUCCUCUGGUCCUACUAUGAGGAGGGAUGUAAAGAUCCUGAGAACCGUCGAAGGUUUCCAUUCAUUGGUUCACACUCUCCUAAAAGACCCAACAGAGAGAGAAGAGUUCUUCAAGGAGGAGUUUCCCGUGGAUUACGGUCCAAAGUUUGACCAGGAACUGGAGAAGCUGCUGUGGGAGUUUUUGGUUCGACUGGACCAGUUGCUCACAGUUCCCAACCUAGCUCAGACUGUGUCGUGGCUCAGUGAUGCCCCCCCUGUCCUGGAGGAGUGUGCACGGGCAGCCACCCAACCCCAACUCCUGAAGAUAUUGCUUCAACAUCAAACCUGUCUGGGUCACAUGGAGACCGCAGCAUCCCUCCCUCCAAACAUGGGAGACUCCAUCCUGGCUUCACUUUCUCUGCCACCCUCUGGAAGAAUACCUUCAAAUCACCCAACAGGAGCCAAACAGUCUGCUGCGGACCAGUCCGAUGGCACACAGGCAAGAGACAAAACACCGUUUAUUACGCCUGUUAUCGGACUUAUAUCUAAUGAAGACGUACCAGUUAUGAUCAGGACACUGAGAGGUGACGACGAGACAGCCGGCUCUGAAGAUGCACCAAACAAGGACUUGAAAUUCACUGUGGUUAAACAGAGACAAAUGGACAAUGGAGCAAAAGAGGGCGAGGAACAAGUGGAGGAGGAGAGGAACGCCUCAAAAAGAAGCAGUGGAGGGAAACGCAAGCAACCUGCAAGUGAAUCCGAUGAGGAGGAGGAGGAGGAAGAAGUGAUACGCAUGACCAGAUUUGGGAAAAAGAGGAUAAGUAGGAGUUUGAGAAGUGGAGCGAGCAUGCUCAGGAAGCAUAGAGGCGAUCAGAGGACAAAUGAGAGUGAAGGAGACAGAGCCGUAAGAGACGAGGAGCGCGACAGAGCAGCCCUGGAGAGCUGUAUGACCCAGCUGGGUGUCAAAACGCUGAAACUGCCUAAAGAUCCAUCCCUCUGCUCCAUUUAUGUCUCUUGUCUGAGAAGCCAACCCAGAGUUGUUAUUGAAAAACUGCCAGCGACUCCUGCCAGCGCUAACGGGACUGAUAGAAGCGGAAAAUCCUCAUAUAUGAAACGGCAGCAUCAGAGGAGGAAGUCACCAGUUAAAGCUCCAACACAUAAAAGCAGCCAACCUCAAAAGCCUGACUCGGAUUUUCCUGCUGGCCUGGCCGAUAAAGAAAAUCAUCCUGUAUUACCGGGUAUAAGCAGCUCUCCCUCUCAGCAACGGAGUAACGCAGAGACGUCGGCCCUCCCAGGAGACGAUGACGACUACGUAGCUGAUUCUGAGGAUGAGGCGACGAAGAACUUUAAAGGCAGGCUGUUUAUGAAGCGCUACUACAAGACCAAACACGGCACAUAUGUUCCCACUCUGAGGGAGUACUGGAAGCCAAGGAUGACACAGCGGGACUCGUCGUCUGCUGGCAGCAAACGCAGAUGGUGACAUGGUUUGGUGUUGGGGAAACUAACGGCAGAAAGACGCCCAGUGGACUUUGACUGCGGUGAAGUUGGUUUUCUCCACCAGCUGCAUUGACAGAAAAGACAAAAAUAAAGUGAAACGCACCAGCCGUUGUGGCUGACGAACAUUUAUUUUCA